UCCGUUCGCAGAUUCGUCGUUGUUUGCGGAGAUGGAGAAUUCAUAAUUUACACAGCAAUGGCUUUGAGAAACAAGGCGUUCGGGUCUGCUCAGGAGUUCGUGUGGGCUUUGGAUUCCUCGGAAUAUGCUGUCAGAGAAAAUUCUUCUUCUGUCAAGAUCUUCAAAAACUUCAAGGAAAAGAAAACCUUCAAGCCUGAGUUCGGCGCUGAAGGAAUUUUCGGUGGUUACAUGCUCGGAGUUCGUUCAGUGUCAGGAUUGGCUUUCUAUGAGUGGGAAUCUCUGUCGUUGAUCAGGAGAAUUGAGAUUCAACCAAAACACGUAUUUUGGUCAGAAAGCGGUGAAUUGGUGUGUAUUGCAACUGAGGAUUCUUACUUCAUACUCAAGUUCAGUGCCGAGGAGGUGGAGAGAUGCCGUCAGUCCAAGGAGGGGCUGUCCGCUGAUGGAUAUGAAACUGCGUUUGAU